AUUGAAUUAUUAAUCAUAGCUUUUCUUUAAAAGCUAUCGAAACUACGUGGGAAUUUUGAAUUAUUCAAGAAAAUGGAACCCCGAAACGAAGUUUCCUUAUCAAUCAGACGACCGUUUGAUCCUCAAAUCCAUGACUUAGAUCCUAACUUUCGCCUCACGAGGUUUGCCGACUUAAAAGGGCUGGGCUGCAAAGUUCCCAGUGAUGCAUUGACUCGCAUGUUGGAACCAUUCCGCGAAGAUAAAAGUUUGCUUGAUUCCGAGCAAUCUCAUUUUCAAUAUGUCGCCGCCACACCGAGGAUCGGUAUUGGUAUGGAUGCUUGCAUCACACCUAUCAGGCAUGGUGGUUUAUCUUUAGUACAAACAGCUAGCUGCCUAUACCCAAUUAUUGAUGACCCUUACAUGCUGGGAAAGAUAGUGGGCUCAGCUGUAAUGAGCAAUUUGUUUGCAAUGGGAGUUACAGAGUGUGAUAACAUGCUUAUGACAUUAUCAAUUAGUCAAAAAAUGACUGACAGGGAGAGAGAUGUUGUUGUUCCACUGAUCAUGAGUGGCUUCAAGGACUGUGCUGAGGAGGUUGGAGUAACUGUCAAUGGAGGUCAGACCAUAGUAAACCCUUGGAUGUAUCUUGGAGGUGUUGCCACAAGUGUAUGUCAAUCCAAUGAAUAUAUUAUGCCUGACAAUGCCAUGAUUGGAGAUGUCUUGGUACUGACCAAACCACUUGGAACAUUAGUGGCUGCCAAUGCUUAUCAGUGGUUAGAUGUUAAUGAAAAGUGGAACAGAAUCAAAUUGGUUGUUGGAGAAGAAGAUGUCAGGAAAGCUUAUCAAAGAGCUAUGUUUUCUAUGGCUCGACUCAAUAGAAUUGCUGCUCUCCUUAUGCACAAGUACAAUGCACAUGGUGCAACAGACAUUGGAGGAUAUGGAUUGUUGGGCCAUGCUAAUAAAUUAGCAGGCAUUCAAAAAAAUGAAGUUGGUUUUGUUAUUCACAAUCUCCCUGUCAUCGCUAAGAUGGCUGCUGUCAGCAAAGCCUGUGGAAACAUGUUCGGUUUGCUGCAGGGCCACUCAGCUGAAACGUCGGGUGGAUUGCUGAUAUCACUACCUCGUGAACAAGCAGCAGCCUUUUGCAAAGACAUUGAGAAGCAGGAGGGCUACCAGGCCUGGAUCAUUGGCAUCGUUGAAAAGGGCAACAGGACGGCUAGGAUCAUUGAUAAACCUCGGGUUAUUGAAGUUCCUGCCAAAGAUAAGGAAGGUGAACUGUGGUAAUUGUGUCCUCCGUAGUACAUAAUUUCGACACGUUAUACUCCUUCAUAUUAAUAUAUUGUGGUUUUAUCUGGCUCUAUUGCAGUAAUGCAAAUAAUAUUUAUCAUAAAAAUAUAAGACUGGCACGUCUUUUAUUGUAAGCUAGAACGGUGUCUCACAGUUUUUUCAUAAUUUAAAAAACACUAAAGAGUUACACCCUAAAAUUUUAUUUUUGAGUCAUUGAAUCUUUGUAUUGUUUGUUACACUGUUUUCAUGUUUUGAAAUUAUUUUCAAUAUUAAAAUAAAACAAAAUGAAAUUAACAAAUGUAAAAUGUCGGAUAAAAUUGAUA